AUGCUGUUUGUCAUUAAAGACCAUCAGAAAAAAAGUGUGGGAGCCAAUCCUGCCAGGACUCAUAAGCGAAAGAGGAGAUUUGUCAUCAAGAAGAGCCCCGUCCUGAUUGCCAUAAACGGCUCUUUCCCCAACCUAUCCAUUCUAAAUUUGGAGGACAGAAGUGAUGUCAAAUGGAAAAGCCUGUAUGAGACCCAAAGGGAGAGAAAGCGAAUAAUGAGAGAGACGUGUGCCAAAUACAAGAGCAACAGCAAACGAAUAAUCACACCAUAUCAUGUUUCCAGGAUAUUCGUCGAAGAUAAAUACCGAAUUCUCUACUGUGAAGUCCCCAAAGCUGGUUGCUCCAACUGGAAGAGGGUGCUCAUGGUUCUUAAUGGGCUGGCCUCCUCCACCAGGGUUAUUCAACACAACACAGUGCAUUACGGGAAUUACUUAAAAAGGCUGGAUGGCUUUGACCGCAAAGGGAUCAACUACAGGCUCAAUGCUUACACAAAGAUGCUCUUUGUCCGCGAGCCUUUUGAAAAGCUCGUUUCUGCGUUUCGAGACAAGUUUGAGCACCCCAACAACUAUUACCACCCUGUUUUUGGCAGACCCAUUAUUUCAAGGUACCGAGUUAAUGCCACCAAAGAAGCAUUGAGGACAGGUUCUGGAGUGAAAUUUAAAGAGUUCAUACAGUACCUUCUGGACGUGCACCGUCCUGUGGGGAUGGAUAUCCACUGGGAUCACGUCAAUAGACUUUGUAGCCCAUGUUUGAUAGACUAUGAUUUUAUAGGCAAAUUUGAAACCAUGGAAGAAGACGCCAAUUUCUUCCUGCACUUAAUUAACGCUCCACAGAAUUUGACUUUUCCUAGGUUUAAAGACAGACACUCUGAUGAAGAGCGAACAACCACUCAAAUUAUGCAGCAAUAUUUCACUCAGCUUUCCCCUGCUCAAAGGCAACGCAGCUAUGAUUUCUAUUAUAUGGAUUAUCUGAUGUUUAACUACUCCAAGCCUUUUGAAGACCUCUACUAA